GUUUGAAACGCCUCCUACCCUCUUAUUUUCCUUGGAUGGCUUCAGGGCAGAAUAUUUACACACCUGGAGUGGCCUUCUUCCUGUUAUUAGCAAACUAAAAAACUGUGGAACGCACACCAAAAACAUGAGACCAGUGUAUCCAACAAAAACUUUUCCCAAUCACUACAGCAUUGUCACUGGACUUUAUCCAGAAUCCCAUGGCAUAAUUGACAAUAAAAUGUAUGAUCCCAAAAUGAACGCUUUCUUUGCACUUAAAAGUAAGGAGAAAUUUAAUCCUGAGUGGUACAGAGGAGAACCAAUUUGGCUCACUGCUAAACAUCAAGGCCUGAAAAGUGGUACAUUUUUUUGGCCAGGAUCAGAUGUGGCAAUUAAUGGAAUUCUCCCAGACAUCUAUAAAAUGUAUAAUAGUUCAAUACCAUUUGAAGAAAGGAUUUUAGCUGUUCUUAAGUGGUUGCAGCUUCCUAAAGAUGAAAGACCACACUUUUACACUCUGUAUUUAGAAGAACCAGAUUCUUCAGGUCAUUUGUAUGGACCAGUCAGCAGUGAAGUCAUCAGAGCAUUGCAGAGGGUUGACAACAUGGUUGGCAUGCUGAUGGAUGGUCUAAAGGAGCUGAACUUGCAUCGAUGCCUGAAUCUUAUCCUUAUUUCAGAUCAUGGCAUGGAACAAGGCAGUUGCAAGAAAUAUGUAUAUCUGAAUAAAUAUUUGGGAGAUGUUAAAGAUAUUAAAAUUAUAUAUGGACCUGCAGCUCGAUUGAGACCCUCUGAUGUCCCAGAUAAGUACUUUUCAUGUAA